AUGGCAAUUCCUCCCAAGUGGUACCAGUUCUUGGUCGGUCUUUUCGCCUCUCUUGGAUCUCUCCUGUACGGUUAUGAUCUCGGUGUCAUUGCACAGGUCAUCGCCUCACAGUCAUUUAACACCAAGUUUGGUCGUCUCACCGAUACAAUAGAUGGGCCCCAAGUAUUAGUACCCGCCGCGGAGAAGGGAGCAGUAGUUUCUGUCUUCACCGGAGGUGCCUUCUUCGGUGCUGCAUUCGGAGGGCCCAUGGGUGACAGGCUUGGACGACGAUGGACAAUUUUGAUCGGCGCUGUCAUCUUCUGUCUUGGAGGUGCUCUCCAAACUGGCGCACAGUCUUUGGCAUAUCUAUACGCAGGAAGAUCGAUUGCCGGUCUUGGUGUUGGUAUAUUGGUCAUGAUCAUUCCCGUCUACCAAGGAGAAUUGGCUCAUCCUACUAUCCGUGGUCGUAUCACAUCGCUCCAGCAGUUCAUGUUGGGCAUUGGUGCUCUGGCGGCAGCCUGGAUCUCCUAUGGAACAUACGUUGGCUUCGCGCCUGACAAUGAUGGCCAGUGGCGCACAAGUCUUGGUAUCCAAGUCAUUCCAGCAGUUUUCCUCGGUGCUCUCAUUCUCAUGUUCCCCGAGUCGCCGCGUUGGUUGAUCGACCAUGGUCGCGUUGAAGAAGGUCUCCGCAACCUCGCCAAGCUCCACGCCAACGGCGAUGAAAGCGAUCCUUGGGUACAAGCCGAGUUGCAGCAAAUCCAGGACCAGCUCACCUUUGAGCACGAACACGAAGCGCAAUCGUACGUGGAGUUGCUGACAGACAAAUCGUGCUUCCGCCGCCUCUUCCUGGCUUGUGCUCUGCAGGCUUCUGUCCAGAUGACGGGUGUUUCCGCAAUCCAAUACUAUUCCGUUGAGAUCUACGGAAAGAUGGGCAUUAAGGGCGAUGACACCCUGAAAUACCAGGCCAUCUCGUCCAUAAUUGCUCUUAUUGCACAGUUUCUCUGCAUGUGCUUCAUCGACCGCUUCGGACGUCGCUGGCCUCUAAUCCUCGGUAACCUUGGUAACAUGGUCACAUUCAUCAUCUCGACCAUCAUGUUGGCUGUCUUUCCUCCGGGAGCUAGUAACAACAAGGCUGCUGCUUGGGGCUUCAUCGUUGUCACCUGGAUUUACAACUUCAGCUUCAGUGCGACUUGUGGACCUUUGUCCUGGAUCAUUCCAGCUGAGAUCUUCGACACAAAGACGCGUUCCAAGGGAGUGUCGAUCGCGACCACAACGUCGUUUGCCUUCAAUACUAUGAUAGGGCAAGUUACUCCUAUUGCUAUGGAGUCUGUGGGAUGGAAGUUUUAUAUCCUGUUUGUCGUCUGUAACCUGACGAAUGCGAUCUUCUUCUACUGCUUCCUCCCUGAGACCGCUAAGCGUCCGCUGGAGGAGAUGAACUACCUGUUCACGAACGCGCCGAUUUUCGUACCAGGAAUGAACAAGCGCGACUGGGCCCCCGGUCAAGAUCUCGAGCGUCGUGUGGAAGAAGUUGAAGCUAAACGCGGCUCCGUAUCCCAAGUGGAGAGAUUUUGA